AUGAGCCAUAACAGUAAACGAAGCCCAAUAACACAGAGAAGUCGUAAUUCAGUGAUGGUAGGAGGGUCAAUCGUUUUGGCUGUAUUGGUCAUAGUAACAACACAGCAAACUCCAGGACCCCGGCCUAGCGGAUCAUGUACAAACACCACUGGGCUUCCUUGUCCACAUGUCUGUCCGUGUUAUCAGAAAAAAGCUCCGGAGGACUGCUUUUCUUUUGAUGAGUUUGGGAAUCCGUUACCAUGUCCAAUGAUAGAUGUCAAUGUAACACUGGCCAGAGCCAGAAACGAGACGUCGGAGGCAGGAGUGUUUAUGACUUCCUCCAUAAUGGGUACAUGUUCCCGCUAUGCUAAAUAUCUGGAUACUUGGGCCGCACUGACAGAUGCUACGAAACAAAAGAUUAAAACCUUCCUCUCCAACCCUACAGACCCAAGCAUCACCUACCAAGAUGUGGAGAAAAUGCCCAUAGAGGCCUUCGCUGCUGCUAACAAAACUUUGUGGCAAGGGGUCAUGUUCCAGGCAUCAGACAGACAAAAGCUGGCUAUUCAGAUGAAGGUCUUGAUGAGCAAAGAUUGUGAAGUUCAGAGCAUACUAAAAGGACUCAAUUUUACCAAACUCUAUCUGGCUAGUGUGUCAAAGAGUGAGGUAAAUUCCUCCAUAUUUAAAGAAGAUCUUUGUCGUGCUCUUCUGCGUAACUGCUCUUUUCUACCAACUGACUUUUCGAGGUUUAUCAACACGACGGCUCCAAAUUGCUACUCACAUGUGUCUGAAGAUUGCUCAGGGUCAAAAGAUGGAAUGAAAUCUGGAUUCUUUGGUAAUUUUACUGGACUUCCAUGUCCAAUGGAGUGUCCUUGCUAUCAAAACAAAGGUACAGGAGACAGCUUCUCCUUUGAUAAAAUGGGAAACCCCCAACCGUGUCCUAAUAUAGAUAUGAAUGUCACACUAUCAAGGGCCAGGAAUGAAACUUCAGAAGCAGGAGUGUUUAUGGCUUCCUCCAUAAUGGGUACAUGUUCUCGCUAUGCUAAGUAUUUGGAUACUUGGGCCGGACUGACAGAUGCUACGAAACAAAACAUUAAAGCCUUCCUGUCUAACCCCGCAGACCCAAGCAUCACUUACCAAGAUGUGGAGAAAAUGCCCAUAGAGGCCUUCGCUGCUGCUAACAAAACUUUGUGGCAAGGGGUCAUGUUCCAGGCAUCAGACAGACAAAAGCUGGCUAUUCAGAUGAAGGUCUUGAUGAGCAAGGAUUGUGAAGUUCAGAGCAUACUAAAAGGACUCAAUUUUACCAAACUCUAUCUGGCUAGUGUGUCAAAGAGUGAGGUAAAUUCCUCCAUAUUUAAAGAAGAUCUUUGUCGUGCUCUUCUGCGUAACUGCUCUUUUCUACCAACUGACUUUUCGAGAUUUAUCAACACGACGGCUCCAAAUUGCUACUCACAUGUGUCUGAAGAUUGCUCAGGGUCAAAAGAUGGAAUGAAAUCUGGAUUCUUUGGUAAUUUUACUGGACUUCCAUGCCCAAUGGAGUGUCCUUGCUAUCAAAACAAAGGUACAGGAGACAGCUUCUCCUUUGAUAAAAUGGGAAACCCCCAACCGUGUCCUAAUAUAGAUAUGAAUGUCACACUAUCAAGGGCCAGGAAUGAAACUUCAGAAGCAGGAGUGUUUAUGGCUUCCUCCAUAAUGGGUACAUGUUCUCGCUAUGCUAAGUAUUUGGAUACUUGGGCCGGACUGACAGAUGCUACGAAACAAAACAUUAAAGCCUUCCUGUCUAACCCCGCAGACCCAAGCAUCACUUACCAAGAUGUGGAGAAAAUGCCCAUAGAGGCCUUCGCUGCUGCUAACAAAACUUUGUGGCAAGGGGUCAUGUUCCAGGCAUCAGACAGACAAAAGCUGGCUAUUCAGAUGAAGGUCUUGAUGAGCAAAGAUUGUGAAGUUCAGAGCAUACUAAAAGGACUCAAUUUUACCAAACUCUAUCUGGCUAGUGUGUCAAAGAGUGAGGUAAAUUCCUCCAUAUUUAAAGAAGAUCUUUGUCGUGCUCUUCUGCGUAACUGCUCUUUUCUACCAACUGACUUUUCGAGAUUUAUCAACACGACGGCUCCAAAUUGCUACUCACAUGUGUCUGAAGAUUGCUCAGGGUCAAAAGAUGGAAUGAAAUCUGGAUUCUUUGGUAAUUUUACUGGACUUCCAUGCCCAAUGGAGUGUCCUUGCUAUCAAAACAAAGGUACAGGAGACAGCUUCUCCUUUGAUAAAAUGGGAAACCCCCAACCGUGUCCUAAUAUAGAUAUGAAUGUCACACUAUCAAGGGCCAGGAAUGAAACUUCAGAAGCAGGAGUGUUUACGGCUUCCUCCAUAAUGGGUACAUGUUCCCGCUAUGCUAAGUAUCUGGAUACUUGGGCCGGACUGACAGAUGCUACGAAACAAAAGAUUAAAACCUUCCUCUCCAACCCCGCAGACCCAAGCAUCACUUACCAAGAUGUGGAGAAAAUGCCUAUACAGGCCUUUGCUGCUGCCAAUAAAACUCUUUGGCGAGAGGUCAUGAGCAAGGCAACAGACAGGAAGAAAUUGGCAAUUCAGAUAAAAAUCCUUAUGAGCAAUGACUGUGAAGUAGAGAGCAUGCUUAGAGGACUAAACUUCACACAAUUGUACCUGAACAGUGAAGCUAAAAGCGAAGUUAAUUCUUCCAUUUUCGAUGAAAAACUUUGUCGUGCUGUCUUGCGUAACUGCUCAUUUCUCUCUCCGAGCAUGUGGAGAUUCAUAAAUACAACUGCUUCAAACUGCCUUCCAUAUGUUUCACAUAAUUGUACACAAAUCAGAGGCGCAUUUAUGCCAAUGGGGAACAUGACCAAGGAUCCAUUUAUGUCCAUGCCGACUAAAGAUCCAUUUAUGUCCAUGCCCACUAAAGAUCCAUCUAUGAGUAUGCCUACUAAGGAUCCCUCUAUGACUAUGCCUACUAAGGAUCCAUCUAUGAGUAUGCCCACCAAGGAUCAAUUUAUAUCUAUGUCCACCAGAGUUUCAUCAAUGUCCAUGCCCACCAAAAGUCCGUUUGUGUCCAUGCCCACAUCUAUGCCAACCAGAAGCCCCUCAAGUGUUACAACACAAUCUCCAGUAGUUACUCCUAAACAGUUUAGUGGAUGCGAUCCUGGUGCAGAAGGACUUCAGUGUCCUAGAAACUGUCCUCAGUGCUACAGUGACAAAACAUCUACGGACUGUUACUCCUAUGACAAAUAUGGCAACUUUUUGGGUUGCCAAUCCUUCGCCAAAAAUACUACUAUGAUGAGAGCUUUGAAUGAUACAUCUGCCGCAAUGGUAUUUACUGCAACUGCUGAAAUAGGAACUUGUUCUAGACUUGCUAAAUACUUACGAAAAUGGAUCAGUCUUGCCGACAGUACCAAAGAAAAAGCUCUACAAUAUUUGAGGGAUCCAAAGUCAGUGACGGAUGAUGAUGUCAAGAGAAUUCCUAUAGAGGUCUUUGCUAUUGCCAAUAAAACUUUACUUGAUAACGUCACAAGGCAAGCAUCUACCGAUCAAAAGUUGUACUUGGCUACCUCUGCCUCACUCACGAGAAGCUGUCAAGUUCAGGAUCAUCUCAGCUCAUUCAACUUAGAACAAACAUUUAAGGAUGCAAAACAAGCUGGAACCGUGGACUCAACGUACUUUAAUGCUUCUCUAUGUAAAGCUUUUAUGGAUGGACAGUGUGAUAUGCCAAUCAGCAAGUGGCAAUUUGCUGUAGAUCAUGCCCAGGAAUGUCUUCUAGAUAAAGCAGUCUGUCUCAAAGACGUCAACGACGAAACACUUGGGAAUCUCUUAUCAGUUGAUUCGAUGAAAAAUUUGUGCAACAAGACAAAUAUUGAUGACAGAUCGAAAUCUCUUUUCCAAAGCCGUUUAAAUUCAUAUCUCGGCAACAAGACCACUUUUCCUUGUGAUCAGGACUUCCUUCUUUUGAUGAAUCUGUGUAACCUUAAACCAAAAUACGUGACAAAGUUUUGCAACAAUGCAAAAGUUGCGGAGUAUACACCAUCAAGAGAGCAAUCACGAGAAUGGGAAAUCAUAAAAACGGAAUUCUUAUCCACGAAAGUUGACUUUUCAACAAUGGACAAAACUACUCUUUCCUCGUAUUUACCGAUCUCCAAGUCGACGAUGAAAUCCCUGGAUGCUGCAGUAUUGACAAAAGUUAAAGAAGCAGUUUGCACAGACAAUGUUUUGGAUGAUGCCAAAUUCACUGAUGAUCAGAAACGAGAGGUGAUGGACGUACUUAGAAGCAAAGGAAAGCUUAACAAGACUGCUGAUAAAGAUUGUCUGCUGAAGUAUGCCCCAGCUGAGAUUGUCGACUCAUUGUCUGAUUCUGAACUAACAACGGCAUAUAAUCAGAACAAAAUCAAUGUUACCAAACUCACUCCACCUCAGGCUAAAAGACUAUUGGUACAAAUUAGCGGAAGUCUGACAUCAGAAACACAGAUCAAAGAUAACGCCGAUCUGUUGGUUAGGGGCGGAUCUAACUCACUACCCUCCCUCAAAGGAAAGUCUGCAGAGACCAAGAAGGCCUACAUAAAAAGUAUAAAGAAUCAACAGCAAGAAAAUAAAGUGAAUCCCUCUGUGGUCACAGCGGUGGUUGAAGCGUCCUUAGACACGUCCGAUCGUGAAGGGUCUUUCAAAACACUAGCGUCCGAAUCGUCUGAAGAUAUGAUGAGUUAUGUACCACAAGAUUUCAUAACGGAUAUGAGUCCAGCAGACGUGCAAUCACUAGCCAGCUGGCCUGACAUGAAGUCGGUUAAGCUCCCUAAGAAUCUGGAAAAAGCUUUGAUGAAGAAAGUACAAGAUACUGGAAUAGCACUGAACGAUCCCGACGUUGUUUCCAAUCUAGUGGCUGUGGUUGGAUCCGCACCAAAAUCGCUGUUUAACACAAUAGACACAAAUAACGCCAAUUGUCCAACCAUUCUCUCAUCUGUCACUGAAUCAGAAGCCAUUUCAGCUGAAAAGUACGAGCACGUGUGUAAAAAGUUAGAGACCUGCCUAACUUCUACUAACGUAGACCUGUCUGAUGCCUCCACGCUUUCCGGGAAUGCACUUGCCUGUUUUAAUAAAACCGCGCUGAAAGCUGUAAGUGGAAGUUGCUCAGAUAUUACAACAAAGGUGUGUACUGCUGACUUCUCCUUGCUGGAUGGCAAACAGAGGAAAAGUGACAUCAAAGAAUACGUCUUUGAAUGCCUGGGAAUUUCUAAUACUAUCACUGGUUCACAUAUAAACAGUAUGGGGAGCUGCGCCGAAUUAUUGUCGGAUUCAGAUAUUCCAAAGAUGGACUUAACAGCCAUGGAAGCCGUCUUUAAUAUUCUCUCGUCGAAGUUUACGUGUCUGAGUAAGAUUGGUGCCUACGUCGAAAAAUAUGUAACUCUAAAAGGAAGUAGUAGCAUAACAACUACUGACAUUGUCCACCUCGGUGAUUGGGCUAUACAUCUGCAAAGCAACAUCUUCUCAGGCGUGACGGGAAUCUGUGAUACCGUGUCCACUAUUGGAAAAGCUUUAAAGACAAGAGACGCCAUAAAGCAGGAACUGGUAGAAGAAGGGCUGUUUACGGAGUGCAAAGAAGAAAUUGAUGACAUCAAAAAAGAAAUAGGGGAAUAUAUCAUCGCUGCAAUUGAGGACUGUACCUCAGCCAGACGCCGGAAGAGAAACACAGCCACUAUUACAUGUUCUCAAUUAAAUGACAUGGGGUCGUCCAUGCUUAGCUCCCUGACAACUUCACAACUCUCCGGAAUCCAGGACGCCGAUUUUAUUCAAUGUGUGAGUUUAUUGGGAACCCCGACUGAUUACAGCGCAGAACAGAAGCAAGCUCUGGCCAGUAUUGCCAAAAGAGGAACGGUGUAUGGUAGUCCAAGCACGUGGUCUUCCUCCACCAUACAGAGUCUUGGAUCCAUCGUCCAAGGUCUUACCUCGGAAGAACUUGACACAAUGACCUUUAUAUAUGACGACAUUGCGCAGCUUGGGGCUUACUCAGGAUGGCAGGAUUCUCAGAAAACCACCAUAUUUGGCAAUUGGAGUAAAUCAAGUGCCAUACCAACAAUAACUUCAUCAGAGCUGAGGUCAUUAGGUCACAUGAUUUGUGCAAUGUCUACAAGUCAAAUACAACAAAUUACCCGAGCUGUUUAUGAAGCAUCUGCUGAUAAGGUUGGGGAAGUGACGAGUUGCAGCGAUACCCAGAUGGUAGAGUUUGCAAACCACGCCAAGACUGCAUUUGGUAGUGUGUACAACUGGACAAGCGUUCAAAUCACCAACGUCGGGGCUCACAUAGGUGGCCUUAGUAAGACAGAGAUUGCCACGUUAACCGAGGCUCAGAUUGAUGAAAUUUUAGCCUCUCAUGUCACCCUUAUUCCGUCCACGGUGUUCUCAGGUUUUACCUCUACUCAGCUGAGAAACUUUAGUCCUGCUCAAGCACAAGCCACUACCACCACUCAGAGAUCCACCCUGGAUUCUUCACAAAUGUCGGCGUUAGAAAGCGCUGCAGGGACCACAUUCUCAAGUUCCAGUGGAGUUGACCGCGCUGUUCAGAUGUCAUGGAUGGUUAUCUCUCUAUCCGUGCUCCUUGCGUUGUUCUUCUAAAAAAGGCAUUAAUGAACUCCAGUAUUAGAUACCAGUGAUUUUAAACAUUUUUGUUGUUUUCUCUCUUCAUUACUCCACUGCGCAGUAUUCAAAAUUUUACUAUUGUUAUUUUUGUUGUAAUAUUCCCCCGUGAUGACGAAGCAAGUGUCAGUAUGAUGUCUUGUGGAUUAACUGCUGGCGGUUAGUGCUAAAUGAAUACUGGCAAAGCUCCUUAAUUCCAAGUUUCUCACACAUGCGAUCAGUUUUCUUAGAACUAUUAUUUUUAAUAUUUUAAAUGUGAUAAUUGUUGUUCUUAAAGUUUUAUCAUUUUUUUAACUUUUAUACUUUGACAGGUUACAA